AAAUAAUAAUCAAAUAUUUAUUCAUAUAAAAUUCAAACGAACAAUAAAACUGACAGCCCAACUACCAACAAUUUCAAUUAACAUAAAUUAACUCACAAAUUAUAACAAUUUGGGCCACUAAUAAAACUAAAUAAACAAAGAGCCCAAACUAAAAUUAUACUAACAAACAAACUAAAAUCCAAACAAAUGUAAAACCUAAUCCUUUGCGCCGCUUAUGUUUGGUUUCUCCCUUCUCACUCUCGCAUUGUUCUCUCUGUCUCUCUUUCGCUCUCACGUCUCCGGCCUCUCUGUGUUGCCGUCGUCAUCGGCUUGCCCAACCCCCUCGUCUCCCAAUCUCCCUCAUCACGUGUCGCCGCCUUCGCUCAGCCCCCUGUGGCCCCGAUUCGCCCCCCUUCUCCAUCCUUGGCGCCUGCGUCUGCAACAGAUCUCUAAUGGCUGCGGGCAAUGCCCCAUCUGCUCAUGAGAGAGAACAGAUUAUUGGAAUGAUGGAGAAGGAGAUGGAGUACAGGGUGGAUAUGUUUAACAAGCUCACACACACGUGUUUCAGCAAGUGCGUCGAGAACAAGUACAAGGAAGCUGAGUUAAAUAUGGGGGAAAACAGCUGCAUUGACCGUUGUGUUUCGAAAUAUUGGCAGGUGACUAACUUGGUUGGCCAGCUGCUAGGCAACAGUCGACCUCCAAUGUAAAGGAGAUAAUUUUUCUUUUGCUCAGCUGACUCGAGACGAGUAUACAAAGAUUAUGUUGUAUUCGUUGAAAACUCAAAUUAAUCAAAUAAAACCUGAAUCUGGCAGGUAUUUAUUUGGCGUUGUCAAGUUGCAUUAGCUUAUCUUUUUAGAUGCAGAACCGUUUGCUUAUGCUAGGCACUACUUUACAAUUUUAUUGAAACCAACUAGCUGGUAAAGAUUCAAUAUAUUCUUCUCAUAUAAGUGCUGCCACGUAGUUGGAAAAUUCUUUUGAAACGCUGAGUAAAAUUUGAGUUGAUGUUUUCGCA